AUGACUUGGCUUUGGGAAAAAGUAAGGAAGUCUUUCCUCAAUAGGACAUUGACCUUUGCUGUAGUACCUUGCGUUAGUAGAUCUCCCAUAAGAGAUCAUUUGCAUUCAAAAAAUAUAGAAUCUUGCGAAGAAACCGAAGAUCAUUGGGGGGAUCGUCUUAGUCCAUGCCCUUUUUGUGGUCAUGAAGAUAGCCCGAUUUUGGCCAGAAGUCAAAGAUCAUGCAGUGAUCCUACAGUAUCUGGAUAUUCUAGACUACCUCCAAUUGGUAAUUCGAACCAGUUUCUGACAUAUAGAACAACUAUACCCCCAAUUAAUAAUCAAAAUCCAACUGAUCAGAGUUGUAAAAAAGUUCAAAAAAAUCAUCAAAUAGAAUCUAAACCUCAAUAUCCUACUAGACAUGAAACAAGAGAAGAGUUUUUACAAGAAAUACGAAAGGCUCGUAAAAAUGAAAAUUUUAUGACAGUUCAGCGUUUUUAUAUGAGGUUAUUUGAUUCAUUUAGCGAGAUUUGUGCAUUAUUCAAGAUUAAUCCAAAUCAAUCUGGAGCUAAACUAGAUGACCCUGAUAUUCAUUUAGAAUUUGUCUAUGCUAUAAAUGACGCCCUUAAAGAUUUGUCUAGCGGAAUACACAAAACCGUUUUAAAGUCAAUAAUAAAUGCAUUACUAGAAAAUAAUAAGAAUCUUUAUGAGAAAGAUGAAGUCAGAGCUUUAUUUAUAUUACUACAAUGUCCAGUUUUUGGAACUCAAUCAAGUGCUCCAAUAUUUGCACAUUUAUUAAACUAUAUUGCUCAAUUAAGCAAAGAGGAUCACCAACUAUUAGUACAUUGGUUCAGGAUAUUGGAACUGGAUAAAUUAAGGUCAUUAAUAAGAUAUAUUAUGCAAUUUAUAACUUUACGGCAAUUUUCUCCAAAUGACAAAUCCUUACCACCUUUAGGAAAGACACUUUGGUGGAUACCAUCAGCCACAAAAAAUUUAGCGUUAAUAAAUGCAGCCAACAAAUUAGGAACCGAACUAUUACAUUUUACUGAAUUGUAUAACUCUGCUUUAGAUCACAUUGAUCUAAUGCGUGAUUAUUACAAUUGGCAAAGUUUUAGACCGUAUGAAUGUUUUUCUUAUUGCCAAUAUCCAUUUAUUUUGAGUAUUGUUGCAAAGAGAAUCAUACUUACAAAAGAUUCAGAACAGCAAAUGAUUCUAAAUGCUAGAAAGUCAUUGGUAUCUAAAGUUGCAAGAAGGCAGACACCUAAUAUCGAUAUAUUCUUUUUAAAUAUAAACGUCAGAAGAUCACAUUUGGUACAGGAUUCAUUAAAUGAGAUUGCUUUCAAACAAAAAGAUUUAAAGAAAAAGUUAAAAGUGACAUUCGCUGGGGAACCAGGAUUAGAUAUGGGUGGUCUGACGAAGGAAUGGUUUUUACUACUUAUUCGCGAAAUAUUUCAUAUCGAAUACGGGAUGUUCGUGUAUUACUCACACUCUCGAUGCUACUGGUUCAGUACUGGACAAAAGGACCACACGAACCUCCGUGAAUACAACCUAAUCGGUGUACUGAUGGGACUAGCAGUGUAUAAUUCUAUUAUACUGGACUUAAGUUUUCCAGGAAUUUGUUACAGAAAACUUUUAUCACCACCAGUCGUACCCACCGUCAACGUCGAUAGUGUGGGAGUCGUUGAAAACCCCACGUUAGACGACUUGAACGAGAUUAUGCCAGAUGUAGCCAGUGGCUUAAGACAACUUCUUGAAUAUGAAGGAAACGUUCAAGACGACAUGGGACUUACAUUUCAGGUAUCAUUAGAGGAACAUAAGACACCCAAAACUCACAAACUUAAACCCAAUGGAGAAAAUAUACCAGUUACAAAUGAAAGUCGUGAAGAGUAUGUAAACUUGUAUCUAAACUGGAUACUGAAUUUAUCCAUUUACGAACAAUUCCGGGCAUUUUAUUUUGGAUUUCACAGCGUAUGCGCUUCGAAUGCCUUAAUUAUGCUGAGACCAGAAGAAGUCGAAUUGUUAGUUUGCGGAACGGAUGUGUUAGAUUUGAACGAACUACGCAAAGCUACUGAAUACGAUGGAUAUCGACCGGACGACAGCAUUAUUUGCAUCUUUUGGAAUGUUAUCGAAUCGUUGUCGAACGAGCAAAAGCGUAAAUUCUUACUGUUCGUCACUGGAAGCGAUCGUGUGCCAGUUGGUGGUAUGGGAGACAUGAAUUUCAAAAUAACUAGGGGUCCCAAUAGAUCUGAUUAUUUGCCCGAAGCACAUACAUGUUUUAAUCAAUUAGUGUUGCCGCAAUAUUCGGAUCACGAUCGACUUAAAGAGAAAUUGGUGACGGCUAUACUAAACGCUGAAGGAUUUGGAAUGGAAUAAUAAUGUAUAGUAUAGGUACUAUUAGUUAUAAUUAUCUAUCCAUGUUAGGUUGUUUGUAUAAGUACUAUAAGUAUAUCAUGUAUUAAAUAUAUAUGUAUAGGAUAUUUCCCUAAUCCCUAAGCGGCUAAGCAAGUUCACUCCCUUUUUCUUCAAUAUUGCAGUUAUUUAAAAUUCAAUUUUUUGAAUUUUUAAACAGUUAUACAAGCGUACUUAACUUUAAAAUUCUUGAGACUUGUUUUAUUACUCAAAAAAUGUCUUAUAAAGAUAUAUAAUAUAUACUUCUACAUUUCAAAUAAGGAUCCCCUUUUGUACUGUAAAUUAUUUAGUGGAUUAUUUUUCUCAGAAUGUUAUAUUGAAAUCAAAAUUUAAAAGAGUACUUUUUGAUUUAUUUAAUACUUAAGAUUUAAGAUAAAUAUACCUAGGUUCAAAAUAAUAGGUUUGAAGGAUACCGGAGAUUUGACGAUUUGAAAACUUAAGUAUCUAUAUAUCAACAUUUAUAGUUUAUAAAAAUGAUACAAAUAUUAUUAAUACAAGAUCCAAUAUAUACAUAAUAUCUAUUUUAUAUUUUUGUAAAAACAUUUUUAAGGGACAUAGUUCUGAAUAUAAAUAAUAAACAAAUAUGUAGAACAAAUAUUUGGUUGUUAUUUAUAGUCCCAUUAAUAAAAUUUUACAUUACAGUAACAAACAUCUAUCCAACUUUGAUUUUUUCUUUGGUGAUAGUUAUAAGUUAAAAAUUGUUUGUUCACCAAUUGUAUACUUAAUAUUACCCCUAACGGCCCUACGACCCUAACCUAUGUUUUAUGUAUCUUUUCACUUUUGUACUAUUUGCCCUAGCGGCCUAGCGGACGUUACUAUCAAUAAAUGAAAAAAAAAAAAUAACUGAGAAACUGAUCAUUCGAAUUUUGUAUUAGGUACAUCAAAAUGUAUUAUUUAUUAAAUAAUUAAAGAAAAAAAAAUGGGGGUGAUCAUGCUUGGCGAAUUACUCUAAUAGCAGGGGUCGGCAAGUAAUAUCUAUUGGACUCCGGAAGAUUAAAAUAAUAAAUAAACGAAACCCGAACAAAAAAAUUUUGUCAAAUCUUUAUAAUUAAUUAAUUACACAAUCUUAUUGAGAUAUUUUGAUGGUCCAGUUUUCUGUCUUCUGCGGUCCGCAAGUUGCCAACCGUUGCUAUAUAGUAUACUAUACUUAAUAAAAACAACUUUUAAAUUAAUUGUUUUCGAUUUCGACUAUGAUAUAGUUAAUAGUAUAACUAAAUAUCUACUAUAUUUAUGUUUUUUCCCACCUAGCUUUUUUUCACCAUACAAAAAUUAUACAUCGCUAAACCACUGAAUGGCAGCUUAUAAACAUAGGUAUAUAUUAUUAUUUAUCACUGUAUCUUUAUGCAAAUACAUUUAUG